UCCUUCUGGUUGUUAUUGUCACGUCCUCACCAAAAUGAAUGAACCUCUUUCCAUUUUUCACGUGCCCAUUAAUCCAAAAGUUCGAAACUUGGCAACCGAUCUUCCACACAAACGGCAACAACAUCGGACCAGACAAAAUGCCCUCUGAGCUCUGAAACUCAGAUCUCUCCCCAACCCUUCUUCUUGAUCUCGGUGGCCUCAUACUUUCCUUAUCUGUCACCUCCUAAAGGUCAAAUAGACAGGCAUCAAUGGCCGCCCCCUUACAUUCUUUAACCUUCCCGAACGCAAGCAUUCGGACCCAUCAAGAUCCGAAGGUCAAAACUACCAUUCUCAUGUUUGACCACCCACCUAAAUUCCUUCCUUCCCCCUGUUUCACCUCCGAUCCCUCCAAUGGCGAUUCUUCCCUGUUACAAUUUGGGUCUCUGUGGGUCUGAGAAUUGACCCGCCAUGGCGUUGGAGCUGUACUGGUAUGAUUUCGUGUGCGUGGGGCUGGUGGCGGUUGCCUUUGUUGGGUCCCUCUGGGUGAUAUGGAGGAAGGAGGGCGGGGCCCGCGCCGAUGACAACAAGCUCUUCGAGAGCCUGCUUGUUGGCUCAGCUGCAAAGCCCGUCGGCCAUGUCGACUCGUCCUGGCUCUGGUCCAGCUGCUGGAGGGGGAUGCACCCUGGCUGGCUCCUCACUCUCCGGGUCAGCUCCCUCGCGGUCCUUGCCGGUUUCCUCGCCUGGGACAUUGUGGAGUGGGAUGCCACCAUCUUCAUUUACUACACUGAGUGGACUUUUGCACUGGUGAUGAUCUAUUUUGGGCUCGGCAUCAUUCUAUCAGCAUAUGGAUGCUGGAUUCAUGCAACUACACCAACUUCAAGGAUUGGAUCCGUGGACGAUUUUUUGAAGAGAGAUUUAGAAGAUACUACAUAUACAAGCAUUAACACCUACAGUGAUACAAAUUUCCGAAGCACAAAGUUGAGAAGCCAAUACACUGAAGAGGAUAUCCUCCAAAGAGCGGGAUUUUGGGGGUAUAUGAUGCAAAUGGCAUAUCAAACAAGUGCAGGUGCUGUUAUUCUUACAGACGUAGUGUUUUGGUGCGUAAUUGUCCCAUUCUUAUCAAACGCUCGCCUUGGCCUUAGCCUACUGAUGGGGUGUAUGCACACGUUGAACGCCGUGUUCCUUCUCAUCGACACUUCAGUCAAUAGCCUCCCAUUCCCUUGGUUCCGGCUUUCCUACUUUGUCCUAUGGAGCUGCUUAUAUGUAAUCUUCCAGUGGGUCAUUCAUGCCUGUGGCUUCUCAUGGUGGCCUUACCCGUUCCUUGAGCUAUCAUCUCCGUGGUGUUCUUUAUGGUAUUUUGCAGUUGCAGUGAUGCACAUACCGUGCUAUGGCAUCUAUGCUCUGAUCAUCAAAGCGAAGAAUUCGGUCUUUUCGAGAUUGUUUCCAAACGUAUUUAUAAGGUCGUCUUAGUUGUUCGUUUCUUCUUUUCUUUAGUUUUAGGUUCUUUAAAGUGGCAUUGACGUGAUUUUCGGAAUCAUUCCAUUAUAAAAGGAGGGAAUGGCUUAUAGAUUCAUUUCGACUCCCACAACCUGUUUUAUGACUUUUUUCAUGUGAACAGGUGCUAAGAAAUUGUAUACUAUUCAUGUUCUCAUUGGAAUUUCUUUGCGCAACGAGAACAUUUUCCUGAAA